CAGAAUCUCAUUCCACUGCCUCCAUAUCUCCAUCCUCCUUCCGCUCCUGCCCUUCUCCCUCCUCCCCCUCAUCUUGUCUGCACCUUCACCCUCCACUCUCCCACUUUCCAAACAGGACAUACGAAAAUGUCGAACCAACCCGCUCCGAAACGCAUCCACCAAAUCAUCAAACUCAGGCCCGAGCACUACGAGGCAUACAAGAAAUGCCAUGCCGCCGUUUGGCCUGAAGUGAUUGAACAAAUCAAGAAAUGUCACAUUGAAGACUACUCCAUCUCCUACGACCCGUCGACAUCGAUCUUGUUCGCGAGCUUCAAGUACACCGGGCAAGACUUUGAUGCGGACAUGGCGCUUAUGCGCGAGCACGACAAGACGCGCGAGUGGUGGGCCAUGACGGAUGGGUAUCAGGAGAGUUUGAACCCGGGAGCGGUGAGUUCGGAAAGGGCGGGUAUCGAUGGGACGCCGGGGUGGUGGAAGGAAGUUGAGGAGGUUUUCUAUCUUGCUUGAUCGACUUGGACAUGCUGAAAUAGGUAUGGGAGGUGGGCUAUUUGCUUCGUGAGGCGUAAAGUGGACCGAGGCGGGAGAACGAGGAGCUAUGCUGGAAAGACAGAAAAUGGGAGAUAUAUGAGGGACGACAUAAGGACAUCAAAAUCCAGAUGGUAAGUUACAUGAACAUAACUGGCAGUGACAGUAUCAUGGCAUCUUAACAGCAAGUAUCGUGUCUGUGGAUGCAAGCCAUACUG